AUGGUGGAAAGAAAACCCAAGAUCACUGCUUCCCGCAAACUCUUGCUGAAGAGCCUGAUGCUGGCCAAGGCCAAGGAGUUCUGGGAGCAGGAGCACGAGGAACGUGAGGCCGAGAAGGUGCGCUACCUGGCCGAGCGCAUGCCCACUCUGCAGACCCGCGGACUGUCCCUCAGCGCCCUGCAGGACCUGUGCCGGGAGCUGCACGCCAAGGUGGAGCUGGUGGACGAAGAGCGCUACGACAUCGAGGCCAAAUGCAUCCACAACACCAGGGAGAUUAAGGACCUGAAGCUGAAGGUGCUGGACCUCCGUGGGAAGUUCAAGCGCCCGCCCCUGCGUCGGGUCCGUGUCUCGGCUGACGCCAUGCUCAGGGCCCUGCUGGGCUCCAAGCACAAGGUGUCCAUGGAUCUGCGGGCCAACCUCAAGUCCGUGAAGAAGGAAGACACAGAGAAGGAGCGGCCCGUGGAGGUGGGUGACUGGAGGAAGAACGUGGAGGCCAUGUCUGGGAUGGAAGGCCGGAAGAAGAUGUUUGAUGCUGCCAAGUCUCCGACCUCACAGUAAAGGCCGGCUUGCUGUGCUGCACUCUGGGCUCUUGCCCCUCGUCUCCUUCCUCCCACCCUGCUCACCCACUUCUCUCCCCACGUCUGUCUGGAGCCUCCCUCCCUGGCCCACCUCUCCCCUCCAGCCUGCAUGCCCUCUUCUGGAACUGGGAUUAAACAAACACACAGGACGUGAGAAACACGAGUGUCUGAAGACCUCACCCCAGUAGGGUGGGCUGCCAGCCGCCCAUGGGAGACACCCUACGAUUUCCCGGCCACCCGUGGUACAGCAAGCUGAGAAGGAGACUGUGAAGCGCCUU